UUGGCCCUUUCGAACUGUGCGGGCGGAGGCGGCGGAAUGAAUCGGGCCGCGCAGGGGCUGCGAAGGCAGCGGCAGGCAGGAUCCAUGCCCGUGUGGCAGGCAGGGAGGUAACGGACACCAUGCAGCCAGCAGUUCAGGUAUGGUUUGGAGAUGAACCCCCAUUAGGUCCACGAAGUCCACUGACUCCAAGGCAUGGACCUGGCUUAACAGAUGUUAUACUCUAUGACCAGUGGCUCUCUGUCCGACAUGAAGCAACUUUGGAGCCUAUGCAGGAGGAUCUGGCUAUCUGGUUAUCUGGCUUGCUGGGGGUAGAACUGACAGCGGAAGAACUAUUGGACGACCUUGAUAAUGGGGUAUUGCUGUGCUUGUUGAUUGGAGUCAUUCAGAGUACAGUUAAAGAAAGUUGUAACCCAAGUGACUUAAGUGAUUUCCCUUUGAAAAAAGUCCCCUGUAAGAAAGAUGCGCCUUCUGGAUCCUUCUUUGCCAGAGAUAACACAGCCAACUUUCUGAAGUGGUGCAGAUGUAUUGGAGUGGGGGACACUUGCCUCUUUGAAUCUGAAGGCUUGGUUCUGCAUAAAGAACCAAGACAAGUAUAUCUUUGUUUACUGGAAAUCGGCCGCAUUGUCUCAAGAUAUGGAGUUGAACCACCUCUUUUAGUAAAACUGGAGAAGGAAAUUGAAUUGGAAGAAACCUUAUUGAUGUCCGCUGAUCCUGUUGCUCCUGCUGCCAUCCCCACAUCCUGUUGUCCACAUGAAGCAUUGCAUGAAGCAGUUAAGCAUAUUGCUGAAGAUCCUCCUUGCAGUUGCUCUCACAGGUUUUCAAUUGAGUAUUUAUCUGAAGGACGCUAUAGAUUAGGAGACAAGAUACUCUUCAUACGGAUGUUACAUGGGAAGCAUGUGAUGGUACGUGUUGGUGGGGGCUGGGAUACCCUUCAGGGAUUUUUACUGAAGUAUGAUCCCUGUCGAGUGCUGCAAUUCGCAACCGUUGAACAGAAGAUCUUGGCAUUUCAAAAAGGUGCAUCCAAUGAGACAGUUCCUGAUUCAUCUGCUAGAACUCCCCAGCCUCCAUCUAUGAACCCCAUGUCUGCGAUUGAUACAUAUCAGAAACAAAAUCCAAAGCCUCCUGCUCCUGCCCCACCUCCAAAGCCUCCUCAUGUUGCUGAUAGAAAGCAGAAUGCAGCAAAGUUUGCACAAUCACCUGCACUUUCUUCUGCCAAAGCAAAACCAGAAACACCUAGAAACCAGUGUGCUCUGGACCAACUGAAGUCGAAAAGUUCCUCAGUUAAUAAUUCAUCAUCUUCCAAAUCCUCAACAGCUGCUCCAAAAAAGUUAGCUCCCUCUUCUGAAAAAAUCAUGCCUGUUUUAAAGUCUACAGAAUAUCUUCAGAAACGUAUUUUGCCACCUGUCCAAUGUACACGUCCACAGAAUUCUCCAACCAUGUUGCGUCCUGCCCCUUCUUGUUCAACAACUAAACUUUCUGAGCUGUCUGGAACAAAGAAGAGGGUGGCCUCUGAAGAAAUGCUUCAUUCUCCAAAGAACGGUGCCACAGUCAAAUCUAAACCUCUUCCAAAAACAUCAGUGAAGCCUCCACUGCCAACUAACCAAACUCCCAAUGGUCCCAAACCACCAUGGUCUCAACAUUUUUCUGCAACAACAACCAAAUCAAUUCCCAAAACCACUACUUCUCAAGCGUGUUCAGCAAGAGGCACAACAGAAAGUAAACAGGCCAAAAAUAUCAAAACUGCAGCUGCUGGUAAACAGUUGAGCUCUGCCUCUUUACACACAGCAAGUAAAUCAGCACAGCUGACAUCUGCAUUAGAAUCGAGAAGUAAAGUCGCAUCUCCAUCUGCCAGCAGUCAUUCCUCAAGCAAGAAUAUGCAAGUUCAAAGUAGCAGAUCAAAAACUCUGGUCGGAUCCAGUCGGUCAAAACAUUCUGAGCGUACUCCGCUGUCUGUUGUACGUCUUCCCCAAACAUCUUCCGUAACUGAAAAAAGAAAAAAGACAGUGCAGGCUACCGCCAAAACUCAAUCUCCAGCUAAAACCGCCCAGAAGAGUAAUAAAAUCCUUGAUCCAGCUGGUAAUCAUCGGCUUUUAAAAGUAAAGGUUGAUGCAGGCACUACUGAGGGGAUGCCUCAUGGGUCAAAGGAUCCCACACUGAAGAAAAAACAAGAUGACAAUUAUUUUGUUAUGUCUGGAAAUAAGAAGCUUAGGAAACAAAAUAACAAGGAAACGUUAGCUGGUGGCUUCUAAUUUAUCUUGUUUCGUACAAGAGAAUACUAACAUUAAGUAAUGAUAAGUAAUGAUAUUGCAAAUGCAGUUUGAUGAGUUCUGUUAACACUUCCCCAGAAUGAAGUAACAUUUUGAGCAGCAUAAGGCACUUUCCCAGCUUUAUCAGGAUUCAGGGUCGUUUCCCAUUCUGUUUUGAUAAAGUCUUCAUAAAAUGUUUGCUCCCCAAUUUGAUAUGAGUCCCAUGAACUGGGUUAUAUUUUAUAUGUUGGGGAGGCUGAAUACUGUAUUAGUUGCCUCUUGGGAUACACACUGAAUCUGAAAUUUUAGCUGAUCUUGGAAAAGUUAAUAUAUUUUGGACAAUGACUUGCAUGGCUAUGAUCACUUAGGGAUUCUGGUACUGGUAGGUACAUUCCAGAAAAUUAGCAUUUCCAAGUUUUGAAUAUUUUCCCUUUCAUCUUGAAUUUAGCUUUUUCCAUGCCCAUGCAUUUAAUUACGGCUUUUCCUCCCCAAAAGUAGGUAUGAGAACUGGACCUUAUGUUCUAAAUACCAUUUCAGCUGGGGAAAUAGCUUAUCAUUUGUUUAUUGGCAAGUACUUAAAAUUGUAUAUAUCUAUAUUGCAGAGAACAGGCUGUUAAAGGUAAAUGCCCUCAGCAGAAACUGCUGAUUGGCAUUAGUAUUUAAUCUUAGUAUUUAAUCAUAUAUGUCUCUCUCAAACAUACGAUUCCACUGAGUUUUCAGUGAAACUAGGUCAAUGGGAGCACUUUACAAAUUUUGGCCUUAAGCACUCCCACCUUAGUGCCUUAGCCCAUGAUGUGCUCUGCCAGUUGUUCUCAUUGUAUCAGUACAGGUAUGUCUUCUGUUUUAUUUAUAUCG